AUAGUGCGCUCUACCUCAUUUUUUUUCUCCAUCAGGAGCCGUGACAAAGAAUUUUACUAGUUUCCACAAUGCCUAUUUCAACAUAAUCCAACCCAAAGUUUUCAGACUUUUUAAAGGUCUAAAUAACAUGAUCCAAUGCAUGUUUCAAUAACUUGUCUCAUAGUGCAACGCAUAUGGACUAAUUCCUACUCCUGAUGGCCUGUUCUGGACCAAGAUCUCCUGAUCCAGCCUUGCCCAUUUAAACCCAGCCAUCAAACCCUCCCCAAUUUAAACCCACAAUUCCCAACAUUCCGACGUCUCUCUCCGUGUGCUGCUCGAGGAGAAGCCCAAGAACCCUAAAGGCCCUCAAAUGGCGGAGAUGGAGGAAGGAGCAAAGGUACCAUAGACUCCUCCUAGACUCCAAGAUCGAUCAUGUUCCGAACUUUCUCCUUGUUUCCGCUUCCUCUAUCUUUCCUCCAUCCCUUGGUUCUUCGGUGUCAUUCUUUCUUUUCCUUUGGCUGGGUUUCCCGCGUGAAGGAGAGAAAAAAAAGGUGGGGCGAGAAGAACCAAGUGAAGUGAAGGAUGAGUUAUUGAAAAGGGAGGAGGAACCAAUUAAUUGCUAUCGGGCUGGAUUUUUGGCGUUCAAUUCCCGUGCUACAAUGUCUGUCUUUUUGCAGGAGAUCGUGGGACUUCACAUGAAGAUGGUAACUGAAACUCUCAUUAACGUUGCAGCUAACGGUGAAACAAGGCAGAAAUUUGUUGACUCCCAUUCUCUGAAGUUCUUGGUCCCCCUGAUGCUGUUCGAAAGCAAAAUCAAGGGUGGAGAGCCGAGUAUCAUCCAGUGGGCCACUGAGAGCAACAUGGUGGACCUGCGUCGCACCAUCGUAGAGACAGGAAGUGAGCUUAAUAAAUGUGGCAAUUCCAAUUUUCCAUACGAACAAGCUAAAAUUUCUUUCUCAUCUUCUUCUAUUUUAUGCUGAACAUUCAUUUUUAGUAUACUUUCCUCUGUGUUUGUCUAUUAUACUGUUAUAAACAUCAUCCUUCUUUUUUCUUCUUUAUGUCCUAAGAGUUGUAUUUGAUAUAUUUAUAUACCUCCGAGUGAUAUCUCAUCCUUUGUAUCAUAGAUCACUGAUGGCUAAGAUGAAGAUUAUGGUAAAAAAGAAGAUAUGGGAUUCUGUUAUCUGUUGAUGUAAUGCAGAAUUCCAGCCAAACUAUCACUGAUUUGAUCAUUUAAUCUUGUAUAAUUACUUUAUAUCCAAAUAUUUCUAUAAAUUUGGACCCACAUUCCUGCUAUGGAUCAUUCUGUCAUCUUAAAUUGUAGUUAACUUCUUGAUAGAACUAUGAUGUACAUAUGAGAAUGAACUCCUAAGACUACCGUCUUGUUCCAUCUCAGUCCAAUUAUUUUCCUUGUGUAUGUUGUAUGUCUUAUGUUCUGUGGUGUUUUUGUGCAUCACACAAUCUUAGUUUCAUACGAGCGCAAGAAUUUGAAAAACUUGCAGAGAAAGCAGAUGUAGCAUCUAAAGGUAACGAUUCCCAAAGAAGGAUCUGUCAAAGUGACCUCAUAUAGUGUUGGUUAAGGCUUGAUGAUUAUUAUGAUUAUGUUAUACAUAGCAUAUUUAUUUAUUUAUUUAACAAUAAAAGUUGCAAAGGUUAUCAAGUUGAACUAGAAGGUCUCACAUUCUUGCUGUUUUAUGCAAGCCAAUUGGUGACUUUGUUUCCUUUCUUCUGAAGGCAAGAUAUAUUUAAACUGUUGGAGCCUUGUAGCAGAUUCCAGAUCAUUCCUCUUCUUGAAAUUUGAAUUCAUUUUGGAUACAGUUACCCGAAAGCAGAUGGCUUUAGUGUAUUAGCACUGGCAAUGGUGUUAAGUCCAUUUUAAAAUCCUCCAACAUUCUGAAAUUUCAUGGUUGAAUCUUUAGUGAAUUAGAAAUAGUGAGGAUGAUUCCACUUCAAUCUUUUAACCUGUGAAAUUGUAAAUAAAUCUGAGAGGAUUGAUAGUUAAUAAAGUAAAUGCUGCAAGAGAAAUUAUGUUCUUCAGGCAGUUGUUCAGUGUUGAAACAAGCUGAAUAUCCUAUUCUUUUCUAAGUAGCUGACAUGUUAAGCAACUACGUCAAAUUUCGGGGUGAUGUGACAUCAUUAAUACUGGCCCAUACUGAAAUCAAUAGUCAUAUUAACUCGUAGGGCACUAACUACUCUAUUUAAUGAAUGUUGGUGAAUGCAUGCACUUACAAAAUAAAUGGAACUCAUAGGGCACUAACUAUUCUAUUCACUGAAUUUUGGUGCAUGCAUGCACUUACAAAAUACUGUUGUUGUUGUUAA